AGCAUCUUGUGGGCUCUGCGGCACCAGCGUCCGCCGGGGCGGCUCGCCGCGGCCGGGCGGCCCUCUCGCGCGCGGGCGCAUGUUCGCCGCUAUCGCGAAAGCCUUUAACACCGUUGCGCACCGCGGCACGAAUGAGGAGCGAACCCUGAACAGCACCGACGACCAGGACAUGCUGAACCGCAUCAACGCUGGCCAGUACAGAAGGGUGGACCCCGCCUUCGUCGCCGCACCCGGGGCCAACCCCGUCUUCGGGGCGGCCGGGCCUGCCGAGCCCGCGGGCGGUGCCGGCGGCGGCGCCGCCGCCGCGGCCGGCGCGGCAGGCGCAGCACUGCCCGGCGGGCCCUCGCCACCUGGCAGCGGAACGGCCGCUGCGGCGGUCGUGCCGGACCCCGAGCAGCUGCGGGCCCAGCGUCUGGCGCGGUUCGACCAGGCGUCUCCGGCUGCCGGCGCCUCCUCGCGGGCCGCGCCGCCGUGCGCCAGCGCCGCGGCGGAGGGCGCCGCCAGCGAGCCGCGGGGCUCCGGCUGAGGCGCGCCCUCGGGGGCUCUGGCAGAGCGGCGGUGGCGACGACGCGCCAAAGCUGUGACCCUAUAGACCCCCUCGCGUCGCGAGUAAAGAUUACGAACGCUGGUUCGAUUUUCCGACCGAUGGGUCCUCAGACCAGGCCUUAGACAGGAUCGUCAGACGCGGAGUUCACGCUGCUCGGGCACAGCUUCGGCGAUUGCAUGGUGGCCUGCUGAGCCACUCAGCAUCCAGGCCGCGUCUGCUGCCUGGGGUUGCUGUGGCCCCUGGGCUGGGAAAUCAAGACAAUGCUGCAGCGGGAGCUCCAUUCUGAAAGGUCAGAAAAAAG